AAAGAACUGAAAUUUGAUAAAUUAUAUUCUAAUUUAUGAAUGUACUUUCGUUUAAUAUUUUAAGUUCAUUAUGGAUUGCAGUGCUUUAGUCUACCACACCCAUAUAAAGAAUAUCAAGGAACAUAACGGAUUUUUUGUUUGGACUUUUCUCUUCAUAAAUCAAAUGCAGUUGGUGUUUUGUUAAGAACUAUAAUGUUGUUGCAAGUUGCUUCUUAUGCAAGGCUUAACCAGGGAAGUUAUUUUGGUAGUUUAGCGACCUAGGAAAGAUUGUAUUAGGUGAACGAAAUUGGUGUGGUAAUUAACCGGCUAAUAAAGACUUGUACAGUGAUAACAAUCUCAUGGAUACAGCAUUAACACGAGGCAAUGAGACCGUUUGUGUAUUUGUAAUACUGUCAAGAUACUUUUUUUGCAAAAUGGGUAACCUGAGAUAGCAGUACUCUAUUUAAGUUAAAUUGUAUUUAUAGUUCUGAGUUAUUGUGGUUAUUUCCCUUAUAUGCAUUGCAGUCGUUAAAUAAACCGAAAUACAAGUAAACGGUUACCAACAUAUUAGUUAAAUAACAAUGUAUUGUGUUAUUGAAUGGAAUGUACUAUCAAUUUAACUUUAAUCACGUUAUAUCUGAUUAAGCCGAAUGUGCAUGCUUGAAAAUGCGUAUAGUUCGGAAACUACAAUGACGGAUUAGUUCCCUUGUGUAGAUGUAUGACACUAUACUAAAUCGAAAGUACUGUUCUAAAAGUAGUUGACGGGAAAAUAACCAUAAGGAAAUUAUGUUUUUGUGUAGCACGAACGGUUUUUAAUAUUGGUUCUGGCAGUUAUUCAAGUUAGGAUUUGAAGCUGGUGAACCAUUACAGUCACAGAAUGAUGGGCUCGACUAUAACUCAUUGCAUCCAUGGGCAAUCACGAAGCAACCAACUCAGGAUACAGCCAAUACUAACCGCAACCAAAACAAAGAUGCCAGUUCACAAACAAUAGAAAAUCAACGAUGUCGAACCCUCUAAGAACAAAUCAGCACUAUGAGCAGCAACUAUGAGAGUGUUUUAUCGGUGAAUAUUCAACUCGAACAUGACAAUAAGAUUUUACAGGACAAGAUAACAUACCAUGAACUACAAGCUUUAACGUUUGACAACGUUAUUGCUGAGAAGGUCUGCCUCAUUCAAGAGCUGGAGGAAAGAUGUAAAUCCCUAGAAGAAAACAUCAGAAAACAUCGUAGUAACUAUGAGAGUGCUGUGUCGAAAAAUGCUCAGCUUCAACACGAAAUUAAUUUAUUACAGAGCAAACUGUAUCGACCAAAUGUAUGGAGAAAGCUGAUGCAGAUGUUCAAAUUAUCACUUCAAGCUAUGAUGUGAACGAGGAGGAAAUGAACAAUUUGUUGGACCUUCGAAGAAAAUGUGGUCAAACCAGAAGGAAAAUAGAGGACGUCGUUCUGGAAAUUGCUGAUCCGUUAUGGAAAAAUGAAAAUGUGGAAACACUUAUUCAAGCCGAUAAUACAAAUGAAACGAUACACCUCUACGUAGAUUUAUUAAAGAUGCGAUUGAGGUUUGUUGGUUGAUGUCCAUAUCGCAGCCUCCUUUGAUGCUCAAUUUUGAUGUUGACGGCAUUAUGUAUACACCCAAUGUCAAACAAAGAUUUACUGAAAUUUCGACCGAUGAUGUGAUAGAAUCGGAUGGUGAGCCAGGUACCAUUUUGUUGGUCGUCUGGCCGUCCGUAGAAAAACGAGACAAACGUGGAUUUUUGAAAAAAGGAGAAGUAAUCGUUGUUCCGUGGCGUGAUGCAGACGUGUCUAUCUAAAUCCUCCAACAUCAUUGUAACUUUCUAAAUGAUAUUGGGAAUAUUGCAAUAUUUUAACAUGUUUAUUAUUGUUGAGCAUCUAUAUUCACUUUUAAGGCUAGAAGCUUUAUUGUAAGCUUUAUUGCUGAAAUAAAUGUAAUUGUUGUUGUUGUUUUUGUAUAAUCAUGAUAUGAAAAGGA